GUUUUCAAUGUGCCCGGCAAUUCCGCUGUGUUUCGCUGUUCACUUGGCCAUUGUGUUUGGUACUCGCAUGUUCCGGAAACCAAUAGGUAGCAUUAUCAUCGAGAAAUUAUUUUCAUUCCAUUCCGAAUACAUAAACAUUAAGAUGAAAGACUAAUAGGAGGCUAUACAGCAGUAGCCAGAGAGAUCAAGCAGGUACAAGCAUUAGAUAAUUUAGGAAGGGGUAAUCGGAUGGAUAGAAGACGUACACGAGCCAUCGCCCUUGACCCACAGGCCGUAUUCGGUCGCACUAUCCGCGACGGGGUGGACGCAGAACACUAUCACAUCAUCAGUAACAUCCCUCAUGCGCAGGAGUGGGGAUUACGAACCCUGUCCAUCAUCAUCGCCCGACGGCCUGAUGACGAUCUCGCCGGUGCCGUCGAUGCACGCCGGGUACGCCUCGUACGUGGCGGGGAUGGCGGUGGCGGCCGACGAGAACUCGAUCUCGCGGAACGCAGGCUUGUCGCGGGGGGUGACGAUGUAGGCCUUGAUGCCCGAACCGACGUCGAGGAUCAGGUUGUUGUCGACGAGCGUGGUGUUGAUCGGUGUGCCCGCGGCGUGGAUGCCAACAUCGUAGGUGGCGGCGGCCCCGGUAGGCACGAACGAGAGCGUCUUGCCGUCGAUCGAGGCGUCGCCGGAGUUGGCGGCUACAAGCUUGAACUCGUAAUCCAGCGUGCUGUAGAUGACCUGCGGGAGGAUGCAGCCAUCCUCCUCCUGUGGCAUGGGCGCGGCGCUGGCGGCGGCAGCGAGGAAGAGGGCGGAGAGGAUGCUGGAGGUCUUCAUGAUUGCGGUUUUGGAGGUGGAGCUUUGGAUUAUGUGAGUGGGCUCUAGGAGUUGCUGUGAAGGACGGGAGCGAGCUGGGUGAAGAUGUACCUUUGGAUGGGGAGGUAGUGGUUCGCUUUUAUAUCCACUCGGCCGGUCGACUUGAACGAGGCACUCAGCAAUGAGAUCUUCACGUUGUUAGUUGUUUAGUCGUCCAAUAGCUGUUUGUCCAGCUACAAUAAGCUCUCUGUGCAUGCAGGUGUAGAGUUGCGAUACGGUGGU